AUGAUGCAAACCAUGGAUUGCCGUUGGACGCUAGCUGACCACAGCAGCCCUCUGCCAUUCCCCACGAAGACACUUCCCAAUGAGAUACAUGCAUCACAAUCCAGCUACGCACUGGUUUCCAUGUUGACCAUUGGGGACGAUGAUGAUUCUAUUUUUGAAGAAUCUCCUGCCAGCCUCUUAUGCGAAUCGGGCUUGCCAACGAGUGCAAUCAACAAGAACAAGAACAAGAACAGGCAGGCGAAAGGGACCACUGUUUCUGGAGAUGAGGAGCGACUCGUCCUUCGUGAAAACCGUAAUUCUUCCAUGCCUAUGUUGCAGCCGCAAAGGAGAAAAUCAAUGGAGGACCUCUCUCACAUCGAAUCAGCCCUCAACGCUGUCUUCGAUAUCAUUGAGGCUACCGAGGGUGACGAUUGCCAGUGGAAUUAUGCUGAAAGUUUGCACGGAGACUUCAACGAUGAAGUUCCAGAAUCGAAAUGGUCCUCACCUGUGACGACCAAGGUCCUACAGAAGCCAGUGCGACGGUCGAGCCUUGUUUAUGCUCCGCAUUCUCACUAUCAAUCAGCGCAUUAG